UGCUUAAAAUCAAUUCAUCUUCAAAUUCUCCGGCCUCUCUCUCUUUCCGAAAAUGAUGCCUCCCCCUUGGUUCAUCUCGAUCUUAACCAUGAUCCUGAGUCUUGCCCCGAAAUCUAUGUCAGCCAAUGAUGAGAAUGCUUCAAGCUGCAGUGCACGAAUCCAUUGUGGAGACAUUCAGGACAUUGGUUAUCCUUUCUGGGGAUUGGAUCGACCAGAAAGUUGUGGCUACCCUGGUUUUAGGCUGAACUGCAAUGACGAUAACCCAGAGAUCACAAUCAUGUCAGCCACAUAUCGAGUCGUCCAUAUAAAUACAUCUUCACAACUCCUCCAAGUAGCUAGGAUGGAUUACACCGAAAGUAUAUGUCCCACGUAUCUCCUCAACUCCAGUUUUAAUUCAACCCCCUUUGCAUACAACAGGGAGAGUACCCUGGAUAUAUGGCUGUUUUACGGUUGUCAGCCUCUGACAGAUGUACAAAAUAACUCUACAUCGACUCAGGGGAUUUCUAGUCAAUUUGAGUGCACAAUAAACGAAACAAAUAUCAUAGGUUAUUAUUUGACGAGAAAUGUCAGUGAAACGUCCUUUGACACCGUCAUACGCAAUACCUUGGGAUCUUGCAAUUACAGUGUGAGUAUCCAAGUAAUGAGUUCAGAGGUUCCAUCAUUGGAGGAGAUUGGAAAUUCGGAUAUUUUAGAAGAAGCGCUUAGCCUUGGUUUUGAGCUGCGUUGGUCUGCAAACGAUUCCAUGUGUAAGUCAUGCGAAGACUCUGGUGGGCAGUGUGGGCACGAUCUCAUCACAGCCGAAUUUACAUGUUACUGUUCAGAUGGAUCUUAUCCCCGCGAUUGUCGUCUAACGCCGCAAGCAGGUGAAAAGAAGGAUGUGGGCCUCAGAGUAGGUAUUAUUUGGUUACCAUUAUCACCAAGUGUUGUUUCCGCAAAUGUUUUUAGUGAAAAGUUGAACUUUCUCUUUGCUUUAUCUUCUUCUUUAGGCCUUGGGAUAGCUGGUGCAGUUAUAGCUGGUAUACUUAUUGGAAUCGGGAUUUUAUGCUUCAAACGAAGACAACCAGCAGCCGGUGUUAAGAACAAGUACCUUCCAACACCUCCCUCAAGUGCAGGAUCCUCCACUACUUCUACUACUCAUCUGUCUCAAACCAUCCCUUCAUAUCCCACCUCAAAUUAUGACAUCGAAAAAGAGAGCACUUACUUUGGAACUCACGUCUUUAGUUAUCAAGAACUUGAGGAAGCCACUGAUAAUUUCAAUCCUGCUAAACAACUUGGAGAAGGAGGCUUUGGCACUGUUUAUUAUGGUAUGCUUAAUGAUAGGCGUGAAGUUGCGGUUAAACGCCUAUACAAGACCAAUUUCAAGCGUGUUGAUCAGUACAUGAAUGAAAUCGAGAUCUUCCCUCGAAUACGCCACCCGAACCUUGUCACACUCUACGGAUGUACGUCGAAACGUAGCACAGAACUUCUCCUUGUUUACGAGUACAUUCCUAAUGGAACUGUGGCUGAUCAUUUAUAUGGGAAGCUAUCAAACAGCGGUUUCCUUACUUGGCCUAUUAGGCUGAGCAUUGCAGUAGAGACAGCGAAUGCACUAGCUCACCUCCAUGCAUCGGAUAUCAUACAUCGCGAUGUUAAGACGGCUAACAUUCUCCUAGACAAUAGUUUCAAAGUAAAAGUAGCUGAUUUCGGUCUUUCACGAUUGUUUCCUAAUGGUGUUACUCAUGUCUCAACUGCUCCACAAGGCACACCCGGUUACGUUGACCCUGAGUAUUUCCAGUGCUACCAGCUCAGUGAGAAGAGUGAUGUUUAUAGUUACGGAGUGGUCUUGUUUGAGCUUAUAUCCGCAAAACCGGCAGUGGACACCAGUAGGCACCGAGAUGAUAUUAAUUUGGCUAACAUGGGUAUGAACAGAAUCAGGAACCAUGCAUUGCAUGAAUUGGUUGAUCCAUCUCUUCGAUUCGAGAACGAUUACGCGACGAAAAAAAUGGUAACGGCAAUGGCGGAACUGGCUUCACGGUGUUUACAACAAGAGAGGAAUUUGAGACCUUCCAUGGAACAAGUGUUGCAGACAUUGAUAGGAAUUCAGGGUGAGCAGAUAGGAUUGCAGAAAGCGGAGAAAGAGAAUGUAAGAUGUAGGCGUCAGGAAAUUAGCUGAACACCAAACAUAACCUUUUUUUUCCCCCAUGGAUCGACUGUUUGAUUCUUCAACCAUCAAUAAAUUGUGUUAAGUACAAGCAUUUUUUAGUAUAGCUUUUCCAAUAUCAGAUUCAAAAUUUGCUCCA